AUGUUUGAGGAUAUCGAGCGCGCGUGGCACCAGGUCGACGGGUACGGGCAGGUGUGCGGGCGGCUGGCGUCCAAGCUGGUGCCGCUGCUGUGCGGCAAGCACAAGCCCACCUACCAGCCGCAGCGCGACAUGGGCGACUAUGUCGUCGUGACCAACGUGGCCAAGACGGUGCACACGGGCAAGGCGCUCGACCAGAAGCGGUACUACCGCCACUCGGGCUACGCAGGCGGGCUGAGCUACGUGACGCUGCGCCAGCUCAUCGCCAGCAACCCGCUCGAGCCGCUUCGCCGCGCCGUCUACGGCAUGCUGCCCAAGAACAAGCUGCGCGAGCAGCGGAUGCGCCGGCUGCGGCUCUACCCCGGCGCAGAGCACUCUCACGGCGCGCAGCCCUAG